CUGUUUUAUUUAUCUUUUCAUACAGUAAUGAUUAUUUCGCGGUUUUCAGUAUUAAAAGCGACCAUGUUAGCUGUUUAAAUACUUUUUGGGACUUCAUAAUUGGUGAAGUGUUUAAAUUUAAAAUUUGGCCUAAUCAGCGGUAGUAGCGUUUUUUUUUAGAGUAACAAGCAUCAUAGCGACAUCUGUUAUUGAACGUUGUGCAGAAAUAGAACAUGACUUCCAACGCAAAGAGACGUUAUAAAAUUCUAUUUUUCGUUUUACCGAAAACAUCAAAGGACGAUGGAGUUAAGAAGGAUAAAACAUUUUAUAAAAGAACGAAACACUGGAUAAUUGGAGGUGUAUCCAUUCUGAUAGGAGCUAUUGUUGCUGUAUACUUAAAGAACAACCACGAAUUUGUCAUCGACAUUUCUAACAAAGUUUCUGAAUAUAUAAAUCGAUACAGGAGCCCGGAGAUUACGUCACUUGAGGUCCACCAUAUUGGAUUUUUAAAAGUUCACAAAGCUGGUGGGAGUACGGUUCAAAAUGUUUUAUUUCGUUUCGGAUUGAAAAGACGUCUGUCUUUUGUUAUGCCUAUUAAAGGGAGUCAGUAUAAGUUUUCAACGUAUGGUGGAAAAUGUGCACAACUUUUUAAAAGUAAAAGUGGUUACCAUGACAUCUUAGCGUUACAUUCAGUAUUUAACGAAUCUGUUUACAGACAAAUUUUGCCAAAUGAUUCAGUUAAUAUUGCAAUAGUCAGAGAACCUCUGUCUUUAAUGAUCUCAGGGGCGUACUUUCACAGGGAUAUUUGGAAAAUUCAGUAUCUUGAAGUGGUACCGAAAGACAAUUUCAUCAAAAAUUUAAUCCGUUAUCCGGAACUUUAUGAUCCGAAUGAAUUCAGUUUAACAAGAAAUUCGAUGGCGAUGGAUUUUGGAUUUCCUCGGGGCUUCCAUGUAACGGACACGGCAAAAAUUGAAAAUUAUUUAGAAUAUUUGCAAUCUAAAUUUCCUCUAGUCAUGCUGGUUGAACAUUUUGAUGAGUCGAUGAUAUUGCUAAAAAGAUUACUACACUGGCGCUUGGAAGACAUGUUAUACAUUCCGUUGAAUGUCUAUAAACAUCCGACCGAGAAAGAAUUAAAUAUAUCUGUGAUUGAUAGAAAAAAGUUCCAAGAGAGAAAUUUUCUCGAUGUUGCUAUUUAUAGAUUUUUCAAAGAAAAAUUCAUACAAACAGUGUCAUCGCUGGGAACUGAAUUUCAAAACGAGGUGGAAUACUUCCGGAAGAUUCGUAUAUCAGUUGAAGAAUAUUGUGUCUCCAAGAGACAACAGAAAGUGACAUUUGUUAUAGAGGAAUCAAAAUGGAAUAAACAGGCAGUGGUUUUACCAAGUGAUUGUGAAGCAAUGCUCACCAAUGAAUUAGACUUUAUUGAUAAAAUACGUGCAGUGAUGCGACAGAAUAAGGCAGGUAAACGACUUUCUUCUGUGACAUGACAAUUGAAGGAGUAAUCGUGUCAGAGAGAGUUAAAAUGUUGCCUUUUUACUGACUGUCUUACGAAAAGUCAAAUAAAAGUGUAAACGAGAAAGGGCAUAUUAGGGCAGUAACAUUGAAAAUGGUCGAUGAAGAACUAUACAAAUGGUAGAAAUAUUUUAUUUCUUGGAGGGAAUCUGUUUUAAAGCUUGACACAAGUACAGGCGUACUCUGAACAAUAGAUGACACCGAGUACUGGAAUUCUCGAAAUGCUAACGGACUUUGUGAAAUAUGAUCUAAAACUAUCUAAUUUCUUUUGAAAAGUUACAAAUGCGUACAACAUAUUGACUUCAUUUGAUCACAGUUCAUGAAGGCUAAAGUUAAUAACUCGCAAAGUAAGCAAAACUACCAGUUACAAAGUGUAAUUUAACGGACAUAAACGGAAACAGCUACUUGCCGAAUAUAAAGUGCUAAGGUAUGGAAGGUGUUCUUUAAAAAACAAUCGCCAUUUGUUACACUUUUAUGCACAGGCAAAAUGCUUUUUGGCGCCAAAAUUCCUGUUUGAAAGUGUUCACAUUAAGCGUACUGUGAUAUUUAAGACGUAAAGUAUUUAUUAUUGUUUUUUUAAAGAAAUAUUCAAACAAAUAUCGUUACAAUGAUAGGAAUCAGUAUAGUAUAGUAUAUUUUUCAGAUUUUUAAUUCUUAUUGAUAUGAUAUUAAUGUCAAUUGCGCAGUAAAUAGAAUAUAAACCAUUUUAUAUAAACACGUCAUUAUAUUUUAUUUUGUUUUGAGAUUCGAUAACGUAGUAAGAUUUGUUUGAUACAUUUUAAGUAGAGUUCCUAGGAAGACUAACGAUUUGUUUUUUGUUACUUUAUGUUAAAUAAAGGAGAAGGCUGUUC